AACCGCCACAGCCGAGUCAUCACGGCGUAGCGCGCCGCCUCGCGAGACGGUCAUUGCGCGACGGAGCACGCCCGAGACCUUGCUGGGCGAGCGUCGCCGCCGGUCAAGCACGCGUCUGUCGCAAGAGUCUACCUUCGCCGGCCCAUCGACCGCCAGGGAGGCCGCUGGGCGCCGUCGGCGCAGCAGGAUCGAGUCGCUCGAGGAGGCGACCCAGCAGGUAGUCGACAAGGCAUUUGAGACGCUGAUGAUGCCUUCAAUGCGCCUCGCCGCCGCGGGCGUCGCGUGCAUCGUGGCGCCUCUGACGCUGCUGCUCCUCGCGCCUCUGACGCUGCUGCUGCUGCCGAUUCUGGUGCCGCUCGGCCUGCUGCUGACCGCCGUGGGAGUCGCCCGCGCCGGCAUCGUCGUCUCGAUGGACGGGUCGAGGCAGCGCGCGCGCUCGCCGCGCUCGCCAGCCGACCGGUCGGGUCCGCAGGCGGAGGCAGCCUCGCGCUCGGAAGAGGCGUGUGCGACGCCGUCGUCCCGUCGCAAGCGGCGCGCGUCGUGGGGCUCGAGCAGCCGCGAGGGUCUGCCGCUCGACCGGCGCGCCUCGAGCGCCCAGGACCUCACCAGCGGCGCAGUGCUCGACGGUUCGCUGUCGACGCUCAACUCGCUGACGGCGCAGCGCGGCGGCUCGCUGGUGCGGCAGGUUGGCGAGCUGCUCCGCGACAAUGUCGCCCGCGCGACGCACGAGCUGCGCACUGAAGUGGAGGAGCAGCUCGCGGCGCUGCAGGUCGAGCUUCAGUCGUGGGUUGGCGCGAACCCGAACCUCAAGCCGUACUGCCACGGCCGGAUCGGGAUGCUCGUGCUCCUGUUUCCUUUGCGGCGGCAGCUAGCCUGUCUGAUGCCCGCCACGAUUGCCGCCGACAUGGUGGCGCUCCGCACGUGGCAUCUCGAUCGAGAAAUCGCAGCGGCACUGGAGCGUUCUGCUGGCUUGCCGCCUCAGCUCGUGAUCGUCGGCGCGGGGCUCGACUUCCGCUGCGUGCGGCUUGCUGGCAGCCUGGGCGGCGGGAAGGUGUUUGAGCUCGACUUCCAGGGGAUGCUCGAUGAGAAGUGGGCGCUACUCGGGGCCGCUGGGGUGCCACCCCCACCUCACCUCGUGAGCGUGGGCUGUGACUUGAGUCUCGGUCCUGCCGGCUGGGUCGAUGAGCUGCGGCGGCGAGGCUUCGAUGAUCGCCGCCCGUCCGUGUGGCUACUCGAGGGCCUCGUGCCGUACCUGAAGCCACCCGAGCUGGAGGCGCUGCUCCGCGCCAUCUCUGAGCUCUCGGCGCCGCAGAGCUCACUCCUCGCCACCUUCAUCUCCCCGACGCGCCCCGCCGGUUCCGUCGGCGCUAGCGUCUCAGUGUCGAUGAACAAGUACACCACCGAGUCGCCUGCGGACACGUUGUCCACUUUCGGCCCCGCCGCCGUCGUGACCAUUGGCGAGCUCAUCACGCGGUGCGGCGCGCGUGGCGAGACCAUGGGCAUCCAGCCGUCGGACGCUUCGUACACGUUUGCCACAGCGUGCCGGGAGUGACACAGCCGGGAGAGUGCCCGUCGCCGGGCUGCAUCUACCUUGUCCCACGGCUAACUUAGUACGAAUACUAGCCUGCGAGCUAGGGCUCCUGGCUCCUGUCUUGUAGUAGAGACUCUGGGGUUAAUGUAACUCUCACAUCACUCUC